CUCCCUUUUCUUGAUUUCAGAACAAAGGCUUCGCCCGGAAGAGCCACGUAUUCCUGCCCAAGAUAUUUAGGAAAAUGUCUUCCCAGCCCAAAGAACGCCCUGAAGGUUUGCAGUUCCCCUUUCUGGAUGAUCAUGAAACGAUCACGACCAUCAAGGAAUCAAAAACAUUAUUCGUUCUCCGGGGUCUUCCAGGCAGUGGGAAGUCCACCUUGGCACAAGCCAUCCAAGAUAAGUACAAAGAUGCUUGCAAAAUUGUCUCCGUUGAUAACUACAAAAUCCAGCCAGCCAUCAGGAGCCCCCUUCCCGAUGAGUACAGCAAAGUAGACGAGGAUCUAAGUGUCUAUUGCAAGCGUGAUGUCAGCGUCGUGGUGGUGGAUGACACCCACCAUGAGCGGGAGCGGCUGGAUCAGCUCUUUGAGAUUGCUGAUAAGUACCGCUACAAAGUCAUCAUUGUGGAGCCCAAAACAGCAUGGAAACUGGAUUGCUUGCAGCUCAAAGAUAAGAACCAGUGGAAACUUUCAGUGGAUGAUCUAAAGAAGCUGAAGCCCAGCUUAGAAAAGGACUUCCUUCCCUUGUAUUAUGGAUGGUUUUUGAGUAAACGGAGUUCGGAGAACUUGCGGAAGACGGGGCAGGCAUUUUUGGAUGAGCUUGCCAGUAUCAAAGUCUUCAAAAAGGAGGCCAAUAAACACUGUGGGUCCACUCCCCUCCCCCAAACUUUUAAUUGUAUAAAAUCUGCCUCUACUAACCCAUGAGAAUUGAUCUCCUACUAGUAAGCACAGAAAGAGCAGCUUCUGGCUAGUUCCCAGGAUCUUGGGAUCCUUUGCUGAAUUUUACAGGAGGCUGCCACGUUCUGUGCUUGUGCAAAAAAUCCCCAUCCUUCUUUUAUUUCCCUGCUUAAAAUCAAGGCUGAGAUCCUGCAUGUUGAAACAUAUGGGUUGUUGGAGAGCUGGAGGAUCAGUGGGAAUGAGUCCCGCUAUUUUUUGGUGGAUGUGUUGUGACAGGCAUUUGCAGAACCUUCUUGGAGGUCCUUAGAAGGUCCCUACAAUGAUAUUCUUGCAGUGGUCCCCACUGAUUCCCCCCCCCCUUCCAACAAUAUGGAAAUAGGUGUAUUGGAGGAUUGUGCUGCUUUUAUAAGGAAGUUUUUUUUGGGUGUGUGGAUUGUGCUGUCAGA